CAGAGCACAAAUGACUUUGCUCUACAUGCUGCUGCAGCGAUGGAGCAUUUCUGUGGUCUGGUGUUGUCCUCUGAGCAGCAACAAGUGAUGCAUUUGGUGGUCUCCUGAAAUCAAAUUGAAAAAAAGAGGACGCGGAUGCCGCACCAGUGCCACCAGCGCUGUGGGGAUGGAUACCGGCUAUUUCCUGGCGAGGACUUAUUUUUUCCUGCUGUUCCUCCAUGGAUUCACCUACUCCUUCUCCUCCUUUCCCGCCGUGGGAGUUUGCCCCAGCCGCUGUGACUGCCAGCAUCCCCAGCAUCUCAUGUGCGCCAACCGAGGUUUGCCCACUGUGCCACCUCACAGCAGCAAUCAGGAGGAGGUGCUGGUCUUCAGCCUCGGAGGGAACUUCAUUGCAAACAUCUCUGCCCUCGACCUUGCAAGAUACACCGCCUUAGUGAGGUUGGAUUUACAGUUCAAUCGAAUCCAAAACAUCCACCGUGAAGCGUUUGAGAGACUGUCCAGUUUGGAAGAGCUCUACUUGGGACAUAACCGCUUAUCUCACUUUGAAGCUGGGACUUUGAAACCGCUGAAGAAGCUUACAGUCCUCUAUGUCAACAACAACGACAUCCUACACGUAUAUCAGCAACUUUUUACCAGCUUGGACCAUCUUGUUAAACUGCGCCUCGAUGGAAAUCGAAUAGAAAGCUUGCAGGAUUCCGUUUUUAAGGACUUGACCAAUCUACGUUAUCUCCACCUGGAGUCAAAUAAUCUGCAGCACAUUCACAAAAAUGCCUUUUCUGAACUCGCCCACCUGCGCUUUCUCAACUUGUCUCACAAUAAGCUUUCCACCCUGCGUGGUGCCCUCACUUUUUCCCAUCUCCAAGCCCUGACAACUUUGCUCCUCUCUGGAAAUGCCAUUCGGCAUGUUGGGAAUAAAAUGUUCCAAAAUCUACAAAGACUCUCCAAACUCUCUCUCAGUAACAACAGCAUUACUCAUCUGGGCAGAAGGACUCUGCUUGGCCUAUCAAGCCUCAAAGAGCUCUUCGUGGACGGUAAUGAGCUGGAGGAGAUCCCAGCUGAACUUCUAGAUCCUCUGAAACUCAUCGAACAUUUGGACAUCAGUCGCAACCGCAUUUCUAAUGUUGACUCUUUGGCUUUCAUGCACCUCAAACACCUACAGGUGCUGAAGCUAAAUGACAACAUCCUAACCAGCCUUUCUGGGGAUGCUUUCAGACUAAACCCCUUCCUUCGUGAUGUGGAUCUCCGUGGCAACAACUGGACCUGUGAUUGUCGCAUGCAGGCACUGAAAAGUUGGAUGUCUGCUGUGCAUUCUGAAGGGAAAUUGUUGGAUGUGCUUGUGCAAUGCCAUCACCCAGCAUCUCUAAGGGGGACAUACCUGGACAAUGUGAACAGUUCCCAGCUGGAGGCCAUUGGUAAUCGGACUCAUUUGGGCAGGGGCCGAGGUGAACCUAAGGAGAGCCAGGGAGGGAAGCUGUGGAUCAAGAUAAUGCAGGAUGAGACCGGAAGGAAAAGAGAAGAACAAGUGCAAAGAGAUCAAGGAGGCAAAGAACCAGAGUUGUCUCCUUCUAUCGAACAUAAGGAGUCCCUCAGAUCCAAGUCACGGAAACGUGCCAAAAUGGGUCCAAAAUCUAAACCACAAUCACAGCAGGGCUUUCCCACACCAAGUCAUGCUGGCAACCAGAGGAGAACCCCCACUCCUUCAGUCCCAUCAAGAGAACGCUUUGAUCUUCUGAGGAUGUAUCACAAGUGGGGUCCUUCUGUCGUCACAGAUCCAUGUGUCUUCAACCACAUCGUCAUCACAAAUGUAACCGUAGACCAGAUAACGAGCAGCACCGUUGUAGUCUACUGGACAACCCGGGAGAAUCUAGGUCUAGAUGAAGUCCAGUAUCGGAUUUUGUUUGACAGAUUCGGAACACCAGACCGCUUCCCGCGUUAUGUUUACGCCCCUGCCUCAUCCCGCUCUGUGACCCUGCAGGAGCUCAGCCCGGAUGUCACCUACAUGGUAUGUGUGGAAGGCGUGGUCGCUGGUUCCGUGUGUCAAGUGGCACCCCGUGACCACUGCUCAGGUCUGGUCACGCUUCCCGAGAAGCACGCCUCCGCAACUUCUGACCUACAACUGUUGACGGUUCUUACUGUGGCCGGGAACGCCGUGCUGCUGCUGGUAAUCGGAGGAGUGUGGCUGGGGCGGAGCCUGAAGAAGAAGUUGCAGAGGAGGAAGUCGGCGGUUCACGUGCGCCACAUGUACUCCACCAGGAGACCAUUUCGGCCCAACGUGGCGAGCGCGUCCGUGUCCGCUGACUUUACCAGCUACCAAAGUAGCCGCCUUGCCCGUCUUAUACAACCAGAACUGGGAGAUCUCAUCGAGUUCCCUUGUGACCGCUUUCAGGAUACUGGUUCCUCUCGCAGAGACAAUGACUUACCCAGAUUCUCUGACUAGCUUCCUUCAUGGGAUUUCACGUUGAAGCAACCAUUUUUUGUUACAUUAUAUCUUCAGGAAUAAUAUAGACCUGAAACUUGGACAUACCUUAUGGAGUUGUAAUACAACUGUAGAAUUAUGCUGUAUUUCACAAGAGUGAGUACACACCUUUCAGUUCAUGAACCAGUCAGUAUAUUAUAUCUUGAGGAAUGGUGCUAUAGAAAUGAAACUUGGAUAUGAUUUAGAGUAGUCAGUGCACAGCUUGUAUAGAUUUUCUAUCCACUAACAAUGACUCCAGACAGAGUUACUGUCUAAAUAAUGUCAUGGUCACGGGGCUGACACCGGAGGGCUUUGGUUCAUUGAGGGAAUCACCUACUGUAAUAUUGUGAAGCACAGCACGAUCCCCUUCCUUGGCAAAAACCAAAACCAAAACCAAAAACCCCUCUAAGUUGCUUUGCAAUCAUGACUGCAUUGAUGAAUUCCAUGGCCAAGAGGAUUAAGGCAGUGAUCGAUAUGAUGGGUACCGAAUUCAGUACUUUUAUAGGUAUCGACCGAAGUAAGUUGGUACUACUGGUUACAGAUUCACGUAAAAAAAUCAACCCUUGCCAUAUUUCGAUAUCUAUGAGCAUGUGACAUCACGUCCGGUUCUAGCCUCUAGCACUUUGUGGGAAACCAGCAGUCAAGCACUCAGAGUGGACAUAGCGGACUGCCUCGAGGUAAUGUCACAAUGUUCCAUGCCAACAAAGCAAGAAGAAGGUGCUCAAAAGUAAAGUAUGGCUCAACUUUCAAAAUGAGCUAGCUCAAUGCUAAUUUUCAUUGGAUUUGCCACAGGUAUGCUACCAGUCAGCAUUUGCGAUUUUCCGUGGUGAUUUUAACACCUCCAAAUUUGUCAAUGAAAACUACAACUAAGAUGCAUGCUACAAUCACACAGCUGAUGUUUAAUAAGUACAAUACUUACAGUUUAAACACUUCGUAGGCCUCAACAAAAUACAAGACUGGCACAUAAUAGCAAAGAUUACUUCCUGGCUAAGGCAACACACUGUAGUUCAUACACUACUGCCAUCAAACAUCUGACAGUUGCAUACAAAGUCUAUAAUACUUACAAAUGAGACACAGAAGUGUACAAAAACAAUAUGACAACAGAACAGCAUAGCUUUGUGUUAAAUAAAUAACACAUGUUAAUAAUUUACAUUUAUUAACACGUUUGAAUACACUCAAAAGUACCGCAAAUUGGUACCUUUUGAAUACCAGUAUCAAUUCCCAUAUCGAUAUCCUGUAUCAUACAGUAGUUACUUUAUACAAGCUGUACACUGACUACUCUAAGUCAUAUCUCAGUUUAAUUCCUAUAGUACCAUCCCUUGAGAAGAUACAAUGGUUCCUUUGUGAGAUACAACAUACUACUUAACGUGUAUCUUGCGAUCUUUGAAGUAUUGUGUUUUUCUCCUGGCAAUAAAGCAACAAUAGAGCCAUUAGGGCCUUUUCAGAGCCCAAAGGAAGGCAAAAAACCAUUUACAUCCUCUUCCCUUGUCCUGUGCUUUUUUACAUUUCCUCCCACCUGCUCGUGUUAUCUUUUGUCAUGUUUGGUCUGCAAGUGUGCAUGAAUGACCGAUCACUGAUUUCAACUGUGGUGCUAGUUUUGAAUUUUUUACAGACAUCCUCUUGUCUUUUGGACAGUUUUGUGUGUUAUACUCUCUGUAAGAGCUCUUAAAUGUCGUUUUUAAGGCUUUUUUAACAAGAAAAAGUAUGUCGCUGGAGUGCAGUUUUAUGUCUUGGCUGGAAUCAAACCUGACCUUUUGAUCAUGAAAUGCACAUAAAGUCAUUGUUUCUCAGACAA